GCCCUUUCAUGUAAGGAGUGAGCUUUUAAAUUGUCUUUUGAUCCGAACUCAAUCCUUUUCUAUUAUUUAGUACCAGUGAACAUUCUGAAGGAAGUCGAAGCGUACUGAAUAAUAAGGUCCCCAGUUCACGGUUCAAUGAAGAAGUGCUUUUUUUCUGUGGCGGAUCUCAACGUGACUCUCCCCGUUUCUCUUCCUCUCUCUCAUAUUCAUAACAUUCUGUGAGUUGAUCUACCAUAUACCACACAGCGGCGUGAAUGGGGGGACUCAAAAGCCACAUAAGAUAGCACUAUCAUUUUUAGCUUGGUGCACAGGUACAAAAGCGACAUUUUAGGUAGAGGCCAUACAAUGUGAGUGUGUGCGUUUGCCCAUCCAUACAGCACUCACAAUCAACACACACAGAACAAAUAAAGAGAAUAGCUCACCGUGUGUGUGUGUGUGCUAAAAUAGCCAUAUUUCAAGUUCAGAGAAGGGCGUAAACUUUAUCUUUGAACACUGCAAACUGGACCACCGACCACUCCUUUCAUUUUUGCAGAUAUCGAACGCGUUUGCCUCUCAUUCAUCAUUGGAUUCGACAUCCAACACGAUCUUCGCGGGGGAAAAAACCCAGACAAUCGUCAAUCAGAAGGAAUUAUUAAGACUCGGAAAUAAACGCGUUUUCUAGGAGGGGAACAGGAGCGGUUUACCAACAUGGACCAGGACUAUGGCGACUAUGGUGGACAGCCUCGUAAUGGGAACUCUAACAGCGUCCACUUUGCCCAGUUCUUGGGUUCUAGGAAGAUGGGACGACAUGAGGAACCGACGGCUGAUGAGGUCAUGGAGACGAUAAAAGGCGUUGUUAAUGAUUAUAGAGUGAACAGGCGCAGUCCCCGGUCUUAUGUUAUCAUCGUCACCCCAACUGAAGUCAUAGUGAGAGAGAAAAAUGCCGUUGGACAUGAUGAGAGAAUCCAGAUCAGAUACAUAAAUUUCUGUAUUCACGACCGCUCUAUGAGCCAUAUAUUCGCUUUCGUGGCCUGGUCGGAAUCUCAGAAGAAUUUCAUCCUCCAUGUCUUCUUCUGUGAACUCACAUCACAUGCAGCCAAUCUCAAGGCGUCAUUCGCCAUGGGAUUUCAAGCUGCUUUCAAGGAAUGGAAAAACGAGGCCAGACCACCAAGAAGACAUACCAGUCGAGAUGCUUAUUCAGAAUAUGCUCCACCAGCCAGGUUAACUGUGGGAGCCCUGGAUCAUCACCGCCGGUCCUACGAGGCUCCGGCCGUACUCGAACGCGAGCAAUACCGACCACCAGCACGUGUGGCAGGCAGACAAAGGCCCCGAAACCGAUCCGCCCAUGGACCCCGGCCUAAUCAACUCAUCGAAGUCUACGGCGACCCUCGUCAAGCCGGCUACGACUACGACUUCGAAUACGAGGAUGAUUUCAUUGGCGACCUCCCACCUCCGCCCCGAGCCCCCGUCGAAAAGGAGGUCAUGUAUACCCGGGAGACGUUAGCUCCACCUGGUGGUGACUUGUACGAACGACGGACUGGUGGUGACGUGUACGAACGACGGAAUGGAAUUCGAGGUCCCGGCGCGGCUUAUGAUGACGAUGUGUACGCGUCCAGACGGGUCGGAUAUGGUGAUCGAGGCGGUCGACGAUCACGGAGAUACGUCGAUAGCGGAUACGCACGCGAUGAUAUGAUUUACUAAACAAAUUCAUCAAAUGUUCACAACAUUGCUUUUAUUUACAGGUCGGUUCGAAUGUUUGCAUACACAAAGGCUUUCUGCAUGAUAAUAUUGUUCACCUGCCAAAAUUAUAAAAUCUUGAGAAAUUCGUCAUCCGAAAUGAAAGGGCUCUUCGUGCUCUUUCUUUCAAAUUUCUCGUGAUGUAGGACAAUAAUUCUCGACAAUUUUGUAGACUUUACAAUUUUGGUAAAUGGGCAGUAACUUGUUCGAGAUUGCCUGGUGUAUGUAAACAUUCGCCCUAAACCCAUGUAAACCUGCAUUUUGUCAAUUUGUAGAUGGCUCAGUCUAAAAUGUCCCCCAUGCAACUCAAGUGUACUUUGAGUCCAGAUAAUGCAUAUAUUAUGUAACUUAUGUAUACUUCUGAAUCACUUUCCUAAACAUGCUUGGCUCAAUCUUCCGAAAGUCACACGGAGUCAAAGCCAGACCAACUAAAAAGAAGGUUUUCACUCCACCGCGCACGACUGAUUCAAGAACAUAGAAAUGUAUUGUCAUACGCCCCCCAUGACAAUGAACAACCAAGAAGUCUUUGUCGAAAAUUGAAGAAUCAAAACAGCAGUUUCGUCCCGGAUUCUGGAAAAACAAGAAAUUAGGACAAAACUGCUGUUCCGAUUCGCCAAUUUUCGACAAAGACCUCCCAGGAGUUCUUUGUCAAUAAUGACGGGCAUUUUCAUACCGUAUUCUUGUAUCCGUCGGGCGUCGCAGUGCUUAAACUCACUAUCAUUUCCAAUGACAUCAAUCUGUUUGGAGUCGGCUUCCCUCGUGUGACUCCGUAUAAUGGUCAAAUGUAGGUCAAAUGUAACUUUUUUAUAUAUCGAUUAAUUUUUUAAGAGAAGAGAAUGUAGAAGGGUGGGGGUUUGUUUCGAAAAUUUAUUUAAAGAUCUAUGAAAAUAUUGAAAUGUUUGCACCACGUAGUAAAGACCUUAUGUAUUGACGACGUCAUCACGCCUCCAUCUUAGAGGUCAGUGCCAUUGCCUUGCGUGCGUUGCUGGUCUGCAGCUGGCGCAUCUCUGACAACCCUGCUUAUUGCGUAUUCCAAUAGCCUCUGGUAGAGGGUGUUAUGAGAUUAUGACGUCACAUGCAUAAGGUCUAUCAGUUGUGGCAUCCCAUAUCAGUGAACAGGAAUAAAACCUUGCUUUGGAAAUUUUCUAUAUUUAAGAUAUUGAACAUAAUGUGAGCUUCCAAUCACGCCCAAGAGUAAAGGAAACUUUAUUUUAAAUAGGUUAUGCAUUUGGCCAGAUACGUUGCUCUGUGGGUAAAUAUUCGAACCCAUGUCCUUUAGAUUGAAAGACGAGUGUCAUAACCACUUGACCAUGUAAUUAAUAAAUAUAAACAAAUAAAAAAAUAUCAAAACGUCAAAUUUACACUUGGAGGUCUUUUAUUUCCCCCUUAGGUAUGUUUUGAACGCAGUUCGGGUUUCAUCAUCAUCAAAUAAAUAUUCUUGAUGUAUUAUAUUUCUUUAUAGUGGUACCUGGGUUAAAAAGCUUUAUAUCCCGUCAUAUAAUGAUCACGUGACAUGCUACAUUACCGAUAUGAUGAAAAUUCUAUUUUUUAUAUUGAUUAUUUACAAGUACAACGCCUUUAUACGCUUGAUGUUGAUGUUAUAUUCGCUUUUAUUUUAGAUACAGAUGAUAUUUUAUUGCUGCCUAUAGUGAGAGAGUCAGGAAAAUGUAAUGAAUCUAUUAUUUUGCAUUUGUAUAUAAUUGUUUCAGGAAUAGUCAUAAACUUUGAAACGGUAUAUUAAACCUAAUUCAUGAUGACUUUUUAAAAUAUUUUGUUUAAUCUUAUUGACACCUGCGCUGUGAGCGAAGGUUGCAGCUGUUUGAAUUAAAGGAGAAUGAAACUCUUGGAGCAAGUAAGCUUUUGUGAAAGCAGAAAAAUCAAAGAAUAAGAUCAACAAAAGUUUGAGUAAAAUAGGACUAGCAAAAGAAGAGUUAUGAGCAUUUGAAUGUCGAGAUCACUAAUGCUAUGGAGAUCCUCCCAUUGGCAAUGCGACCAAGAUCUAUGAUGUCACAGAUGAACAACUCUCCCCUUUUGGACGCUGAAAAUAUACCCCAAAACAUCUCUUUUUGCUCAUUCUAAUCAUAUGACAAACGAUCCAUCAAUGAUUAUAAUGUUGUGAAACCUCUGUACUUGUCCUCUCAUAAAGAGAACACCUCACCUUGUGAUAGACUCUAUAAAAGUGAGAAUAUAAGUGAAAUAAGUAAUAAAGUAAUGAGGGAGUUGUACGAGUGUGACAUCACAGAUCUUGGUCGCAUUGCCAAUGAGAGGAUCUACAUGGCAUUAGUGAUCUCAAUACUCAAAUGCUCAUAACUUUCUUAUUAUUCAUUCAAUCUUCCUCAAACUUUCAACAAUAUGUUUCUUUGAUUUUUCUCUUUGAUAUGGAUUCAGCUGGUUUCAAGGGUUUCAUUCUCCUUUAAUGAAAUAAAAGUAAACAAGUAAUAAUAAACUGUUAUAUUGCAUCAUAACCCAUCAUAUUUAAAUGUAAAAGAUACAGUUAUAGGUUGUUGCCUUUUUCGUAUUUUUUUUUCAAAUGUUAAGUUUUCGUUGCUGUAGAGACUUAAUGAAUUCCUAUCUUGAUCUCUAGCGUUAAAAAUAUUUUUAUUGUUAAAGUGACUUAAUCGAUAAUGUUAUUUUUCAAAUCACUUAUAUCUUGGUAAGAUGUUAUUGCCAAACAAACUUAUUUUAGAAUAUGGUUAUAAUUUUUGGCAAUCUUAAUUAGGCCUAUGUAAGCACUUUUUAUUAGCGAAGAACGAAGUACAUGAAUUUUAUUAUUUAACCCAGAAUGUUCCUUAUGUAAUCAGCUUAGUUUGGUGUAUGUAUACAUUUUUUGUGAGUCAGUACUGUACGAUAAUAUAUUGUUAAUUCAUUCAUUUAAAUGCAUUUUAUCGUAUAUGUUUCACGAACUGCAUAUCAAAUCUGAGAAAAAUAUUUAAUGUUGAAAAUGGCGAAUUGGGUGUUGAUACUAGCUCCGACCACGAAUCCUUAUCAUUAUUUUCAUGUUUGGUGUUGUGACCGGUGCUAUAUAGUUUAGCACCAACACCACCACUCAAGUUUAACACCUAACUUCCAAUACCCACGUGUCGAAUCUGCUACCAAAUAUGAUGCGAAAGUCAUUUAUCCAUAAUUUAAAGCGCCUCAUAUACGGCGACUGCAUUGACUGGAAUACUCCCCAAGGAGUGGAGACAGGUUUCGAUGACCAGGAGACCAAAGAUAAUCGGUAAAAGCGCCGAGAUAUUAUUUAGGUCUUAAGCGACUUAGGAAUAAUCGCAUAACUUUUUAAUCACCCAUUGGAAACACUUUGAACGUUGAAAUAAGAGUAAUAAUCUGCUUGUUUAUAACGCGCGAGGACAUGUGCAUUUCAGAUUUAUCAUUACCCCGGUCUGCCGAUUUUCCCCCGCACACAACGUAUGCACAUCCUCCACUCCCUGGGGAGUUUUCCAUCCAGUCGCCAGUGAUGCGCACAUAGCAAUGUGUGCGAAUAAAAAGGCUCCCUUGUGAAAAUUUUAUGGAUGUUAGACGUAAUGUCCUUUCACUCACAUCGCUCACUUCUGUCUCAAGUAAUGCCACAUGCAAAUCAUUUGAAAUAUUCUCUACGUUUUUGAUAGCCAUUGCUUUCACUUUUUACUUAUCAUAAGUGAUCACACUUGCUGCUGGAGAUGAUGGAUUAUAAAUAUUUUUAGACUUGAUUAAACAUUUUUGCAUAACGUAUGAAUUCUACAUGUUUUUAUUUCUUAUUUCAACUUACCUCGAAUCGAAACUAUAUAUGAUAGAUAUUGCCAGCUGUCUUGUAGGUGAACAUAUAUAAACAGUUGUCAUCAAUAGUCUUCCCUGUGUAUAUAAACAUUCAUAAAUAUGUAGGCCUGUUUACAUCAUUUUAAUCUCUUAAGAGUGUAUAUAGUUUAUAUAUACUAGUAUAUGGGAAACGAAAAAUAUUGAAUGCGAAAUUUAAAGAAAAUGUACAUAAUAUAACUAUUCAUUCAUUUCAAACUGUGUUAGAAGCAUUGGAAAUCGUUAUUUCUUAGGAUGAACAAAUAUUUACAUUUUUACUCAUUUAUUUUCACAGUCGAGGCAGGUGCAUUGUCGUGUAUAGUAAAAACAUAAUGUCUUUCAUGUAAUUGACUUUAAUGGAUAGAAAAUUAUGUACUUUCAAAUUAGACCCUAUAAGUGUCUUACUAUUUUACGAUUGAAUACUUUUAUUUUUUACAGUCGAGGCAAAUGAAUGAUCGUGUAUUGUAAAAACAGAAUGUCUUUCAAACGGAUAUAAAAUUAUGUACUGUCAAAUGAGGCCCGGAAUGUCUUUCACUAUUUUACGAAUGAAUGAAGGGGUUUAUAAUCAAAAUAUUAUUUACAUCAUAAUACGCAUUUUGGAAUGUCAGAUCGAGUGUCAUUAUCGUGUCUUAAUAUUUUAUUUUGCAUUUUUAAAACCAUCUAAACUGCUAUUUUGUAGAUAUCAAAUGUGGGCACUCUUUUCAAAGAUCUUGAGUGUGAGAUACUCUGAUCUUCAAAAAAAAAAAGAUUGGGAAAAAUUACUUCCUGACUACACGGGACACAGCGUAAUACUGAGAUGUGAUUUUUUCGGAAAUUACUUUCCAAAUAUAAAAAAAAAACACACUCUGAACCAGAGAUUUGAAGAGGAGUUCCAACCUUUCCACCUGCAGAUUCCCGUUUUGGCCGAACACAUAUUUUUUUUCCUGGGGGAGGGGGCGUGUAAACUUUUUCGAAAAAAAAAUCAAAAGCGAGAGAGCAAUGCUACCGAGCUUGUCAUUAGGGUGCUUUAAAUUUGCAUUUUGUAAAGUGAUAUUGAAGGAUUUCAUGCAUAUUUUUGGUGUACUUUUGUGAAUAAUUUCCGUUAAAAAAAAUUAAAGUUUUCAAAAUGUCUGCAUCCCUGCCCCCCCCCCUCCCCCUCUUCCGCUGCAUACGGCCAUGGUUCCCUUCAGAAAAUUUUGAAUUUCCUAAUUUUCCACUCUUAUAUUUAUUAUUCCCCGCCACCGUAUCACGUUUUUAUUGUAGUUUUCCACUUUAAAAACAUAUUUUAUAUUUCUUCUAAGAGUUAUAUGGUCUCUUUGUCUUAUUUUCAUUUUAUGUUUAUCGUAAGCAUGGGUUCUUGGUUGAUAUUUUAAUUUUUCAAAUCUCCAUAUGUUAUUAUGAAUAAAUAAAUAAAUAUCCAAAGCAAAGAAUAUGAAAUUAGA